ACUGCCUCCUGAUUGGUUAGCUCGAACGAAACCAGCCAUCAGCUUCCUGCGUCCGGUAAAGCGUGUGUUCCGAAGGAGGCAUCCCCUUAACGGAGUCAAAACGGAAAAAAUGGCGAAUUUGUGCAUACGGAAUUUCUCACUAGGAGUUGUGCGGAAUAUUGUAAGAUCAUCCCCGCGACGGUUAUGCACAGCCACACAGCAAAAGAACGGUCCGGAAGAGACGUCUGCUGAAAAGCCCGAACAGAGCGUUACUGAGAAGGUCUUGGCUGAGAAGACGCAGUUGGAGGAGCAACUCAAGGAGAUGACGGACAAAUACAAGCGGGCCUUGGCGGACACAGAGAACCUACGGACAAGGAGUCAGAGGAUGAUUCAGGAUGCUAAAUUAUAUGGGAUCCAGGGCUUCUGCGAGGACUUACUGGAGGUGGCUGACAUUUUAGAGAAGGCGAAGGAAAGCGUGCCCAAGGAUGAAGUGACGAGCCAGAACCCUCACUUGAAGAACCUCUACGACGGCCUAGUAAUGACCGAAGUCCAGAUCCAAAAGGUGUUCACCAAGCACAGUCUAGUCAAGCUCAACCCUUUCGGCCACAAGUUCGACCCUUACGAGCACGAGGCGCUCUUUCACGCCCCCGCCGAGGGGAAAGAACCCGGCACGAUCACCGCGGUAACCAAAGUGGGCUACAAGCUUCACGGGCGCACCCUCAGGCCGGCGUUAGUGGGCGUGGCUAAAGCGUCGUAAGAAAGCGGAGGCCCGCACCGGACAUUUUGGGCAAGGUUUUUCCAGGCUUGAACAUCACAAUAAACCGACCAAACUUUGACUUCGGUCCCUUCUUUUAAUUGAUGAAUGAACUUCAAUGGACUCUACUGGAAACAAAUAUAUGAAUAUUAUAAUAAUGAUGUAAUUCUCCUUUCCUACUAGAGCCGAUGAUUAGCGUUUCCAUUCAUUAUAAAUGACUGCUAUUAAAAGGUUUCCCAAUGACAUGGCCCAUUAUAAAAACACUCAUGUUCACAUUAGAGAUUGACUGAUAUGUUGAUACUAGGGCUGUCAAAAUUAUCGCGUUAACGGGCGGUAAUUAAUUUUUUAAAAAUUAAUUGCGUCAAAUAUUUUAACGUGAUUUACGCACAUGCCCUGCUCAAACAGAUUAAAAUGACAGCACAGUGCAAUGCCAACUUGCUGUGUUUUUUGGAGUUUUGUCACCCUCUGCUGGCGCUUGGGUAGGACUGAUUUUAUGGGCUUAAGCACCCAUGAGCAUUGUGUAAUUAUUGACAACAAUGGCGGGCUACUAGUUUAUUUUUUGAUUGAAAAUUUUAACACAUUUUAUUAAAACGAAAACAUUAAGAGGGAUUUUAAUAUAAAAUUUCUAUAACUUGUACUAACAUUUAUCUUUUAAGAACUAGAAAUCUUUCUAUCCAUGGAUCGCUUUAACAAUGUUAAUGCCAUCUUGUUGAUUUAUUGUUAUAUUAAACAAAUUCAGUACUUAUGUACCGUAUGUUGAAUGUAUAUAUCCAUCUUGUCUUAUCUUUCCAUUUCAACAAUAAUUUACAGAAAAAUAUGGCAUAUUUUAUAGAUGGUUUGAAUUGCGAUUAAUUACGAUUAAUUUUUAAGCUGUAAUUAACUCGAUUAAACAUUUUAAUCGUUUGACAGCCCUAGUUGAUACCAUUACUGAUAUCUAAUAAAUAUAAAUAUUAGGGUUGUUCCGAUCGUUUUAGUUUGAGUAUCUGCCGAUCCCGAUAUAUCCUAAUCCGAUUGCCUUUUUUUUUUGCUCCCGAGUCAAUUCCAAUCAUUCCCGAUAAUUUUUCCCGAUCAUAUUCAUUUUGGCAAUGCAUUAAGAAAAAAAUGAAUAAAACUCGGACGAAUAUAUACAUUCAACAUACAGUACAAAAGUACUGUAUUUGUCUAUUAUGACAAUAAAUCCUCAAGAUGGCAUUUACAUUAUUAACAUUCUUUCUGUGAGAGGGAUCCACGGAUAGAAAGACUUGCCAUUCUUAAAGGAUAAAUGUGACUUUGUAUAUUGUGACUAAAUAUUGCCAUCUAGUGUAUUUGUUGAGCUUUCAGUAAAUGAUACUGUAGCCAUUUAACUGUUCUGCCCAAAUGCAUGAUUGGAAGUGCAACCAUGACUGUGCGUAGUGGCACCAAUUAAUAUAUCUUCUAUGCGUUGGGAAGAAACAUAGGGUGUUAAGGAAAAGAUCAACCACUACCGUUCUUCCCCACAUUGCUUCCCACGAUAAUUCUAAAUGUUGAGAGAGGGAUUUUAAGGCUUUAGCCAAUUAAAAAGAGGCUCCAAAGACUGCCAAAAUUCUCUCUACUCAUUUUAUGCUGCCUGUUAUCUCUACACAUAGGUAAAACGGCACCAUUAUGGAUUGAACGCGACAAUGCAUGAGUGGGUCGUGCUGCGCAUGCGUUAAUUGCAUUAAAUAUUUUAACGUGAUUAAUUUUUUAAAAAUUAAUUACCGCCGUUUACGCGAUAAAUUUGAUAGCGCUACUUUAAGCCAAAACUAGACUCUGGAUGAAAGUAAGACAUUUUGUCUGUAACGUUAAAUACAAUUCGAAAACAAUUUAAUUAAAAAAUAUAUAUAUAUUAAAAAAAGGCAUGUCCGAUAUUUUUUUGCCGAUUCCGAUACUUUGAAAAUGACAUGAUCGGACCCACACAUCUUUAAUAAAUAUAUAUGUAUAGCUUUUUCCACUUAGCAUACACUUAUCGUUCAAAAGUUUGGGGUCACAUAGAAAUGUCCUCUUUUUUUGAAAGAAAAUCACUUUUUUUUUUCAAUCGAAAUAACAUUAAUCAGAAAAACACUAGAUUAUUAAUGUGGUAAAUGACUGUUCUAGCUGGAAACGUCCGGUUUUAAUGCAAUAUCUACGUACUUUUGUAAAGAGGCCGAUUUACAGAAAACAUCAGUGUUCUAAUGGUACAUUUUGCUUGCUAGUUGCCUUAGAAGGAUAAUAGAUGACUAGAAAACCUUGUCCAAUUAAGUUGGCACAGCUCAAAACACUUUAGGUGGUUAGAGAAGCUAUAAAACUGAUCUUCCUUUGAGCUAGUUGGGCAUCUGGAGAAUCACCUUCGUGGGUUUGAUUAAACUCUCAAAAUGGUCAGAAAAAGACUAAUUUUAACGUAAAACUUGACAAUCUGUUCUUAGAAAUAAAGGCCUUUCCAUAAGAGAAAUUGCCAAGAAAUUGAAGAUUUCUUAUAAUGCUGUGUACCACUCCCUUCAGAGCGCAGCACAAACAAGAUCUAACCAGAGUUGAAAGAGAAGCGGGAGACCCCGCUGCACAACCGAGCAAGAAGACAAGUAUAUAAGAGGCUUUAGUUUGAGAAAUGUUAAAUGGAGUGAUUUAUUAGCUGUUGAAUACUUGCAGUAAAUAAAAAAAAAAAGUUGCUAUUUUGGUCAAAAACUAUGUUAAUUAUUGCUAUUGAUCCUGAAAAUAUAGGUGAUUGAUUAUCUUUGCAUUUUGUGAUUUUUGUGCAUCUAGAGUAAAAUCCAAGAAUUUUAUAGCCAUUUUAAGUUUUGUUAUACCUAUAUAAAAAAUAAUCGGGAUUUUAUAAGGGAACGACUUUGAAUUUUUGGAUGCCGCUGCUCAUUGAGACUCAUAUAUGGCUAAAGUAGGGGCCUGUUUUGGUUUUAGGUCGGUAGCAGCUUUGGUUUUAAAAAUAUUUGAAGUUUUUGAAAAUAGGCCCCCUACGGAUCAGCCCCGUUUCCCGUUUGAUGUCAAGUAUUAUGAAGUCUAUGCCUGAGCUUAACCUCAAAUGUUUUUUUGUUGUUUUUUAACAAUUUCCUUCACAAAUCGUUCACAUAUUCCAACAAAAAACGACUAAACAUACCUAUAAACUAAAUUAUGAAUGUAUAAAACAUUAGCUCAAACAAAAACUUACCUUAUGUUUGUCUUGACAGGGAGCAGCUGGAUUCACCCAUGUUAGUUAUGUCAUAUUCGCUGUUGCCACUAGAGGGCAGUGUAUCCGCCCAAAUAAAUAAAACUAAAUGCAAACACUUUCAAAACAAACCAUUACAACCCCACUAACUGCUGGGUCCUUUUUGGGGUCCUACCGUUAAUCAGUUGCCCACACAUAAGCCUGAUCAAAAUCGUUUUUUUUUUUAUCGGCUUAUUUUAAUUGUUAAUUGGUCGAUAUUGGGGGAAAAAAGUCCAUAAAUCGGCCUUAUAUAUCUGCCGGCCUAUGUAUUGGUCGACGUUUCUGUAACGGGGUAUCGUUUCUGGUAUUCUAAAAGUAUCUUGACUUCCAACUCAGUCUUCCCAAAUGCUGGUGUUCAACAAAACGACAUCGAACGAUCAUCGUAAAUGUAUAAGUUUUAAUUCACAUCUGUACAAUACAGCACUCAGGCUUCAUUUGUGCAAUAAAAAAAUUCAUUUCUUAAUUACAAAAGCUCGUUAAAAAAUAAUUUCAUGACAGAAAAUACUGUACAGGUUACCAAGUAGUUCCUUUGUCUCCAUUCAAAUGAGAAAUAAGAGAAAUGUAUCAUUUAGUUUGUUCUCAUUUAUACACAAAGUCAUUUUCAAAAUGGAAACUUUGCAAACAGGAAUGAAGGAGAAAUUGACGAAAAUUGAUGACUUGCUUGGAAUAGAGAAUUGAAAUUUAGCAGGGGAAAAUAGCUUUAUGCUUAAUCCUGACUAACAGUAUGAGCACCGCAAUUCAUAUAUAUAAAUACUACCAUAUUGUUGGACUAUAAGUCGCAGUUUUUUUCUUCUUCAUAGUUUGGCCGGGGGUGCGACUUAUACACUGGAGCGACUUCAGUGUGAAAUUAUUAACACGUUAUUACCUGGGUCUUUCCCAAAGGGAAAGCCAAGGUAGCGUUGUUCUGCAACUUUAGCCUAUUUAUAUCUUUUCUUCUUUCUUAGUUCAUCUUAUUCUCCGCGUUUUUUCGGCGCGCCGCACAGCCCGAACCGCUCCGCCAAUCGGCACCGUUCAAGUAUCGAAACGUCCGGAAUUUUCGCGCGACGCAGGCUUUUUUACAAAUGGCCCCGAAAAAUUUUCCGUUCACCUGUAAACAGCGAUUUUCCAAUUUUUAAAAUUUUUUUCAAAACGCCACUUGUCCGACUAUUUUUUUUACCAAAUCACAUAAUUUGGGCAUCAAAAACUCCGGGACGGUGAGGGGCAUAAAAGUUGUAUACAGAAUUUGGAAAUAAUUUACAGUUCCCCGGAAAUUUGCCAAAAACUCUCCCAUUCAUUUCUAAUGGGAAAAGUUCCUAUUCACUUACAAUGGGAUUUCAAGGGAAUUUUUUACAUUGCAUUGAUGCCAUUGACGGCCGUGCAUGUCAAAUCUACUGAUGCCAAUGUACUUGGAUUCUAUUGACUAUAUGGAUGUCGAUGCCAUUGACGGCCAUGGACGUCCAAAAUUUUUCCCAUUCAUUUUCAAUGGGGAAUUUUUUUCCCCCCCAUUUCAACAGAAAAUGACCAGAUAUCAAUAGGAAGUGUCCCCCAAACUUCCCAGAUUCCAGACGCUUAUAGGGGGUGCUGCCAUUGACGGCCAGGGACGUCCAACUUUCCCAUUCAUUUCUCAUGGCAUUU